AAUCGUUCCAUAUGGAACGAUGACGUAUCCGUUGUCAUAGCAAUGUUUUUGUUAUUAUUUGAAAACAAAAAAGUCUUUACAAUGGCUAAUGAGAUAUACCCAAUCAGACUGCAGAGUUUUUUUAUACAGGGAUUUGAUUGGCUAGCCAUAGUUUUGAUUAUAAUCCCUGCUUCAUGCUUGCUCUGGUCAAAAUCUAAAAUGGCGUCUUCGAGUAAGCGACCACGUAACGAUCAACAGCGAUUUACAGCUCAAGAAGUUGCAGAAAUUCUUAUGAAUGAAAAGAGCGAUGUAGAGAGUAAUGUGGACAGUGAGGUAGGAGGGAUUUCUAGUGGUGAAGAGUUCGAGUUGGACCAAGAAAUGGAAGUAGGAAGUGAAGCUGAAUCGAACACGAGUUUUGUUGAUGAGGAGGCUCAUCCUGAAGGGUCCUCGAGUAGUGAUGAGAGUGUGGGAGAAGAAGCGACAUCUUCGGCGUCGAGACCUGUUUGAGCGAGAGGACGAGGCGGAGGGCGAAGGAGAGGACGGGGAAGAGGCCAGCAGCGUAGGCAGUUGGCUACUGCCCAGCCACAGCAAGCAGCCUCCUACAACAGCUAUGGAGAUGCUGACCAAGUAAACCAGCUCCCCGAUUUUGCUCCGAGUAGAAUUCCUGGGCUACAUUUAGAAGUACCACUACUGAGAGGAGCCAUGACACGUGCGGUGGACUUCUUUCAGCUGUUUUUUACUGCCCACCUAGUUCAGCAAAUCAGUGCAAACACCAGUGCCUAUGCCUAUGCCAACAUCGAGCAGAAGCAGUCGUAUGCCAAUGAAAUGGGGGCAUGGAACGAUACAAACCCUGAGGAAAUCAAUCGACUUAUUGCCCUGAUUCUGUACUGUGGUCUUGUGAAUGUAAGCUCGUUCCACAGAUACUGGAACACAAAAACAUUAUAUCAUGGGCUAUGGGCAAGGGCAAUCAUGGCACGUGACCGUUUCAAGGCCUUGAUGGCCAUGUUACAUGUUGUAAAUCCAAUUGAAGAGGAUGAUCAUGACAAGCUGAGGAAAGUACGCAGUUUCCUUGACCAUUUCAAGGAGAGGUGCAAGGCAUUAUACCAGCCUUUCCAGAAUGUUGCAAUAGAUGAAAGAAUGGUAAAGAGUAAGCAUCGUUCAGGUAUGAGGCAGUAUAUAAAGAACAAACCAACGAAAUGGGGACUUAAGUUGUGGGUUCUGGCAGACAGUGCAAACGGUUACACUUAUGACUUUGAUGUCUAUGCCGGAAGACAGACAGCGAAUGCCCCAAGUACUAAUGGGCUUGCAUAUGAUGUUGUCAUGAAGUUAUUAUCACCCCUACUCAAUCAAGGAUACCAUCUGUAUUGUGAUAACUUUUAUACAUCAGUGACACUUAUAAAGGAUCUUUUCCUUGUGAAGACACCAGCUACUGGCACUGCGGCUGAAAAUAGAAGGGGGUUUCCAGAGGAGAUGAAGAAUGGCAGAAAGUGGGCGGGGAAGCAAGAGCGAGGAAGUAUGAGAUGGCACAGAGAUGGUGUUUGCUUGGCACAGCAGUGGAAGGAUAACAGACCAGUCACUAUCUUAUCCUCCAUUGAAUGUGCCAAUGAUUAUGUAAUUGUUUCAAGAAAAGUGAAAUCCAGAGAACAGUGGACGAACAUCGAAGUGAGGCAGCCGAUGGCCAUCAACAACUACAACAGCUAUAUGAAUGGUGUGGACAGAUCUGACCAGCUGAUGACAAAGAACAACGCUCUCUCAAAGUGCAGAAGAUGGUGGAAAGUCCUCUUCUUCCACAUGAUUGAUAUAGCUGUUGUAAAUAGCUAUAUUCUUUUCCAGCUUCACCGUGCCCAGAACCCUGACAACACAGCACUUUAUCGCCCGAAGAAGUACUCAGUUGCUGAGUUUAGAGAAGAACUAGUGAGACAGCUGGCAGGCUUAGAAGAGUUUGGUCCCCCACCUGCCCACAAGCCACCAACUAGGGCACCUAACCAGUUUGAGACUGUCCACAUGCCAAUGAUGUCGGAUGUGAAGAGAAACUGUAAGGUUUGUUAUGCAACCACGGGAAAGGAACUAAAGGUCAGGACCUACUGCGAAGCACCACAAUGCCAGGCAUACCUGCACCUCACCAGCACCCAGAACUGUUUUAAAAUAUGGCACAGCAAGGAGUUCCAUGAGUAAGAGUGCUUAGUUAUCUAUAGUUUGCAAGGACAAUGCUGUGUACAGUUAGUAUUUCAUUAUUUUUUUUUUGUUUUUCAUAAUUUAUUUAGUGAAUACUAGCAAUUGUAAGCAAGAAAUGCUAGGCAGAAUAACACAAAGCUGAUUAUAAGUGUAUAAAAGACACUAUUGAACCAUGAUAUAGUGUUCUUAUUUUAAAUAUUGUUGAUAAUUUCAGAAAAAAAUAAUUUUUUAUUACCCGUCCCCUAAAUAGCAUAAUUUACAUAUGGUAAGCUUUUCUGCUGUAACUUUCUCUUCUUUUUGUGCAUUAGGCUAGAAUUUAUAGCAAGUGUGUAUUAUAUGAUAGGGAACAAUUUUGUUUUCAACAUUUUUUGAUUGACUUGAUUUCAAGUGUAUAAUGUGAUAUUUUCUUGUAAAUAGUAUAUUACGUAACACCUUAAUUAGCAUAAAUUAAUACAAAAAAUAAUUAGUAAAUGGUGAAAAAAUUAAAAAUGAGGGAACCAA